CUGCCUCUCCUCUCCCACCAACCCCCACCCCGCCCGCCAUUUUGAAAAUACCUUUGUUUGUGUUGAAUUCACAACCUCAGCAGCGUUAGGGUUACUUCUAAUGAGAGGGUGUUGCUGCAAAAUAUAUAAACUUGGGUGAUUGAUGGAAUUUCCACUUGUGGGAUAAUCCAGAACAGGAAUGCACGGUCUUUGAUUGAAGGCCCAAGCCGUUAGGAGUGACUUCAUGAACACAUUGACACAUCAACAAAGGAAAUUUAGAAUUCCUUUUUUUUUUAAAUGGUCAAGGUUUUAUUACAAGAUAUGCACACCAUCCUUGCAAUGAACGGCAAGUUACAAAGAAUCUAGAAGACCCAUAGAAUCAUGGAGGAACCCAAGGAGGAGGAAAAGAGGGAAGAGGAUCAGUGCCAAAACUUGGUUGAGGAUACAAUCAUGUUGGAAGCAGGAGUGUUUCCCACAGCUUUAUCUGAAGAACAACUGGCUGCGGCCACAGAGAAAUCACGACAAAAUCUAUUUGGAUCCAGUAAGAUUUUUUCUCUGGACACCAUAGAGAAGAGAAAUUAUGUUAUGUCGGACAUUAUAAAUGAUCGGGCUAAAGAACACUAUGAACGAGGCAAGAUUCUCCUGAGCAGGGGCCUUUUGGAGGAAGCAGUAAUUUCAUUCAAUAAAGCCCUUACUCUGGAUCCUCAGCAGGGUCAGUACCUGUUUGAAGUCAACAUGUAUGGCGAGGCCUUGGAAAUCUUUGCACUAGCUUCAGAACUGAGACCUGCAAAUCAACAUUACCACAUGCGCAGCAUUGCCACCUUGCUCGCAUUGGGAAGGCUUGAAGAUUGCCUCCAAUAUGUCACCAAGCAACUUGAGGUUGUGACUUCUAAUCCAGAGCUCUACAUCCUACGAGCAAGACUGCAUGACCACUUUUCAAAUGUAGUUAGUUGUUACCAGGAUGUCAGUCGUGCUCUGACCAUGGAUCCCUCCCAUCAAGAGGCUGUUUUGUUAAUGCAGACACUGGUGCAGAGAGCUGAAGAGGCUAAGGCUGGUGCAGUGAAUAAGGCUCUGCAAGGCAAUAUGAAUGGUGCACUCCAUUGCAUUAAUCAGGCAAUAAACAACAAUCCCAUUGAACUUGGCUAUUACAUCUUCAGGGGAACCGUAUUCAGAAGACUCAAGAAUUUUAAUGCAGCCAUUGAUGACUACCUCCAUGUCUUAAAUAAAGUCAGCAACAUGAAGCAAAGCGAGACCUACCUGGAGACUCAGAGGCAGCUCCUUCUCACCUACAAUGACUUUGCAGUGCACUGCUACCACAAAGGUUUUUAUGAGGAGGCAAUCCUUCUCUUAAACCAGAGUAUUAAGGAAGAGAAGCAGGAAAAAGGGUUGUACAUUAACCGAGGGGAUUGUUUCCUCAGGCAAUGUCAUCUGGACUUUGCACUGUUGGACUACGAACAAGCGCAGGACUUAGAUCCUGAUGACUGGCACAUACAGAUUCGCAUUGCAGCAAUCAACAAUGAGAAGGGGCUUUUGGACCAUCACAACAGGAAAUAUCAGCAGGCAGAGAAACGAUUUACAACAGCCAUUGAAGGAAACCCAUACAUGUCACAGUACUAUCUUCACCGGGCAAAAACACGGGAGGUACUGAUGCAGGUCACUGGGUCCCAGGAAGAUGCAGUCACCUCAUUGUUGUUGGACAUAAAAAACAAACAGAUUAUUCCUCUUCUAACGCACCUAUUUCCUGGAAAAUCAAUGGAUGAGAUCAUGGCCAGCAAGGUUGUUGAAUGUGCAAGAUCAAAGCUGAACGCCAGCCUGCAGACAGCUGUACCACUAAUCCCAAGGGUGUUUCAGCAGAGCCUGACAGACAGCUCAUUCAAAAGCACCCAAAGGCCAGGAAUGUUGGCACAGACUAAGAGACCAUGAGAGUCGCCUGUCUCACUGAAAUCAAAUAAAUAUUUCCAAUUGAUUCAAGAGCAUGCCUUGCAUUAUAUUAAAGUGUUUUACAACUA